AUGGCUGUAGCCAGGCCAGUACGAGCUCUUGGGCUCGCCGCCAUCGUCUUAUGGUGCUUCUUUCUCUAUCAGAUGUUCUCGCCCACCGUCCAGCCGAUAGCGCCGUCGACAGACAAUCCGAAGCUCGAAAAUAUGGAGCACGACCCUAUGGGGGAUCCUACUGGAGAGCCCGAGGGAGUCCUACACCGUGCCUCCGACCGCUACGCGCCCGGCAUCGAAGACUCCGACAGGAUUAGCGCCACACUCCUAGCUCUUGUAAGGAACGAGGAGAUGGACGGAAUGGUCCAGGCGAUGGAAGAUCUGGAGCGAACAUGGAACCACAAGUUCAACUACCCCUGGACCUUCUUCAAUGAUGUUGCCUUCUCCGACGAGUUCAAGGCCAAGACCUCUGCUGCCACAAAGGCCGAGUGUAGAUACGAGGUUAUCCCCAAGGAGCACUGGGAAGUGCCAUCGUGGAUCAACUCUGACCUCCAAGAUGCCUCGGCCAAACUCCUCGAAGAUAGCGGUGUCCAGUAUGCGAAGAUGACUUCUUACCACCAGAUGUGUCGGUGGAACAGCGGCAUGUUCUACAAGCACCCCGCGCUCAAGGACGUCCAGUACUACUGGCGCGUCGAGCCCAACGUCCACUUCUUCUGCGAUGUCGAUUACGAUGUGUUCCGAUUCAUGCAGGACAACAACAAGACCUACGGCUUCACGAUCAACCUCUACGACGACCCCAAGUCCAUCGAAACUCUUUGGCCCGAGACCCUCAAGUUCAUCGCUGCGAACCCCGAUACCAUCCACGAGAACAAUGCCAUGUCCUGGCUCACCGAUAGCAUCCGCCGCCCGAACCACAACGCCAAGGCGAACGGCUACUCUACAUGCCAUUUCUGGAGCAACUUCGAAAUUGGCGACAUGAAUUUCUGGCGGAGCAAGGCGUACGAGGACUACUUCAACCAUCUCGACCGAGCCGGUGGUUUCUUCUAUGAGCGCUGGGGCGAUGCGCCCGUCCACAGUAUCGGUCUCGGACUCUUCGAGGACGCCAACCGUAUUCACUGGUUCCGUGAUAUCGGCUAUCAGCACGUACCCUUCCUCAACUGUCCCAACUCUCCCAAGUGCAAGGGCUGCGAGACUGGCAAGAUGUACCAGGGCGAGGACUUCCUCCGUCAUGAGGACUGCCGACCCAACUGGUUCAAGUACGUUGGUUCCGGCUGA